GCACCUCGCUCGCCUUCUCCGACCUCACCGAGGAGCUGCUGGACGCCGGCACCGACGGGCUGCUCCGCGAGCUGGAGGACCUGCGCUCCGAGAACGACUAUCUCAAGGAUGAGAUCGAGGAGCUGCGCGCCGAGAUGCUGGAGAUGAGGGAUGUCUACAUGGAGGAGGACGUGUACCAGCUGCAGGAGCUCCGGCAGCAGCUGGACCAGGCCAGCAAGACGUGCCGCAUCCUGCAGUACCGGCUGCGCAAGGCCGAGCGCCGCAGCCUGCGCGUGGCACAGACCGGCCAGGUGGACGGAGAGCUCAUCCACAGCCUCGAGCAGGACGUCAAGGUGGCCAAGGACGUCUCUGUGCGGCUCCACAAUGAGCUGGAGGUGGUGGAGAAGAAGAGGAUCAGGCUGGAGGAGGAGAACGAGGACCUGCGCCAGCGGCUCAUCGAGACCGAGCUGGCCAAGCAGGUGGUGCAGAACGAGAUGGACAAGCUCCGAGAGAAUUCCCUCAAGAAGCGGGGGUCUCGCUCCCUUGGGAAGACAGAGAAGAAGCCAUCAGUGCAGGAGGACAGCGCAGACCUGAAGUGCCAGCUGCAUUUUGCCAAGGAGGAGUCGGCCCUGAUGUGCAAGAAGCUGACCAAGCUGGCCAAGGAGAACGACGGGAUGAAGGAGGAGCUGCUGAAGUACCGGUCCCUGUACGGGGACCUGGACAGCUCCCUCUCUGUGGAGGAGCUGGCUGACUCUCCCCAUUCCCGCGAGGCCGAGCUGAAGGUGCACCUCAAGCUGGUGGAGGAGGAAGCCAACAUCCUCAGCCGGAGGAUAGUGGAGCUGGAGGUGGAGAACCGCGGGCUGCGGGCGGAGAUGGACGACAUGAAGGGCCAGGGGGACAGGGAGCUGCCGGGGCAGGACACGCGGUUCCUGGUGGGCAUCUCCAGCUGCGGGGACGGAGGGGACACGGUGGCGGAGCUGCGCCGGCACCUGCAGUUUGUGGAGGAGGAGGCCGAGCUGCUGAGGCGCUCGCUGCUGGAGCUGGAGGACCAGAACAAGCUCCUGCUGAACGAGCUGAGCAAGUACAAGUCGGACCACGAGCUGGACGUGACGCUGUCGGAGGACAGCUGCUCGGUGGUCAGCGAGCCCUCGCAGGAGGAGCUGGCCACGGCCAAGGUGCAGAUCAGCGAGCUGAGCGGGAAGGUGAAGAAGCUGCAGUACGAGAACCGCGUGCUGCUCUCCAACCUGCAGCGCUGCGACCUGGCCUCCUGCCAGACCACCCGGCCCAUGCUGGAGACCGAUGCCGAGGCCGGAGACUCGGCACAGUGCGUCCCCACUGUCGGCUGGAGGGACGGCACGGGCGGCGGCGAGGCCGACGGGCAGGACAGGGUGCCUGGCAACGGGAAGGUGCUCGAUGGCCCCGCCAAGGUGCUCAAGCCCAAAGACCUGGAGACCUUGCUGGGCAUCAGGGACCAGGCGACGCUCGUCAGCAAAGCGAUCGACGUCUUAAUUUCGGAUGCCAACGGCUUCACCUCCGGGCUGAAGGCUUGCUUGGACAACGAGUGCGCGGGGGUGCUGCUGGGCGAGGCGGUGGGCAGUGGUGGUGAGAGCCCCAGCGACGCCAAGCUGAUGAACGUGCUCCUCAUGCGCCUGGGAGUGCUCCAGCAGGACCUGGGCUGCCUCGUGAGGAAGGUGGACCACCUCACCGGCGGCAUCAAGGAGCACACAGACUCUUUCCCCUUCUCCAGCCCCAGCAGCCAUGACGUCACCAAAGAGGGGUUGCAGAAGGACCAUUCCUCCGACUUCCAGCAGCCUGAUUUUAGGGACGCCGACCCUUUCCGCAUCCCCCACGCCAAGGACACGGACCCCGCACAUCCCCGGAGUUACAAAACCUGCCGGCCUGAGGAGAACGACUCCUACGCCACCGAGAUGAAGGAGCUGCAGCUGGUGCUGUCAGAGGCCAACGAGAGCCUGCGGGGGCUGCAGGAGCAGCUCUCGCAGGAGAGGCAGCUGAGGAAGGACGAGGUGGACAACUUCUCACAGAAGAUCUGCCAGCUGAAGGAGGACCACCAGAAAGCGCUGCUGCGGCGGGAGUUUGAGCUGCAGAGCCUGAACCUGCAGAGGCGGCUGGAGCAGAAGUUCUGGAGCCAGGAGAAGAAUCUGCUGGUGCAGGAGUCACAGCAGUUCAGGCAGAGCUUCCUUCUGCUCUUCAUGAAGCUCAAGUGGUUCCUCAAGCGCUGGCGCCAGGGCAAGAUGGUGCACAGUGAGGGCGAGGACUUUUUGGAGGUGAACAGCAUGAAGGAGCUGUACCUGCUGCUGGAGGAGGAGGAGCUCGCCCCACAGCAACAGGCAGACAACAAGAUGUGUGCUGGGGACACCUGGACCCCCAACACACCCAACGAGUGCAUCAAGACUCUGGCCGACAUGAAGGUGACCCUGAAGGAGCUGUGCACGGAGCUGCGGGAGGAGCGGCGCGGGGCCAGCGAGCUGCAGCAGCAGUUCACCAAGGCCAAGGCUGCCUGGGAGAUGGAGCGCGCCGAGCUCAAGUGCCACAUUGCCCAGCUGGAGUCAAAGGCAGGCAAAGGGAUCGCAGAGCGAGCGCUGCCGGACUGGAAGGUGGCACUGAAGAGGGAGCGUGAGGAGCACCAGCAUCUCUUGGCAGAGUCCUACAGCGCCGUCAUGGACCUCACCAAGCAGCUGCAGAUCAGUGAGAAGAACUGGAACCAGGAGAAGGUGGAGCUGCUGGCUCGCUUCAAGGAGGAGCAGCAGCAGGCAGAGCAGCAAGCAAAGGACCUGCAGAACAAACUCAACCAGUUGCAGAAAGGAUCCAACCCAUGGGCAUUGAAGCACUCGGAAAUGGAGAAGCACGGCAGCAACUGGAAAGAGGCUCUCAAUGAGAAAAUCACAGACAAGGAGACAAUCUCUGAAACAGAAGCCAAGGGAACCAACCUCAAAAGGACCAAGUCGGUUUCCUCCAUGUCAGAGUUCGAAAGCUUGCUCGACUGUUCUCCCUACCUCCCUGGAAAGACCAUGCCAGGGCUGGGUGACCAUGCCUGGGGCAAAAAAUCAUCCUCAGCCACCCAGCUGCUGCCCAAUGGGAUCCGGGACAGCGCCAGUGUUCCUCCCUCCAACUGUACAUAUGUGAAUAUUGAACAACCCGCCCCCGACAGCCUGGCCAAGGAGAAGCUGGGCGUGUCCUCCUGGGACUACUCUCGGGCAAGCAGCCUCUCUGGGCACGACCCAGCCCACAAACAAAUACAGAGGAGCUACACGGCGCCCGACAAGACCGGGAUCCGCAUCUACUACAGCCCGCCGGUGGUGCGGCGGCUGGAGGCGCCUCUGGUGCACAACAAGGAGGGCAAGAUCAUGAUCGAACCUGGGUUCUUGUUCACCAUGGCCAAGCCAAAGGAGCCGGAGGAGUCGGCCAGCACCGAGGGCACCUACAGCCAGUGGCUGUGCAACUUCUCCAAGCAGCAGCGGGAGCUGCUGGACGGCGGCGCGGUGGAGGGCGCGGUGCCGCCGGUGCCGCGCUUCCCGCCGGCGCUGCACGACCUGGAGAUCUCGGGCAACAUGAGCGACGACAUGAAGGAGAUCACCAACUGCGUGCGGCAGGCCAUCCGCUCCAGCUCCCUCGAGAGGAAGGUGAAAAGCACCUCCAGCCAGACGGUGGGGCUGGCCCACGUGGGGACACAGACCAUCCAGACGGUGAGCGUCGGCCUCCAGACCGACCUCCCGCGGGGCGCCGGCGUGCACGGCAAGAGCUGGUCCCCGCGCAGCUCCUCCCUCGUGUCCGUGCGCAGCAAGCAGAUCUCCUCCUCCCUGGAUAAGGUCCACUCCAGGAUCGAGCGGCCGUGCUGCUCCCCAAAAUACGGCUCUCCGAAGCUCCAGAGGAGGUCUUCCUCCAAGCUGGACGCCUCCAAGGACAGGAGCCUAUGGAACUUGCACCAGGGCAAGCAGAACGGCUCCGCCUGGGCCCGCUCCACCACCACCCGCGACAGCCCCGUCCUCAGCAACAUCAACGACGGCUUGUCCAGCUUGUUCAGCGUGGUGGAGCACGCGGGCAGCACCGAGUCCAUCUGGAAGCCGGGCUGCCCUGAGAGCAGCCGGACCAAGCCUGAAGCACCCAAGUAUGGCCUCGUGCAGGAGUUCUUCAGGAACGUCUGCGGGCGGGCGCAGAGCCCCACCACCCCCCAGGAGAAGAAGGAGGCCGCUGGGGAGGAAGGCAGCAAGAGAGCCGAGCACCCCAGCACCGUCACCCACCACCCAGCUGAAAACAUCUCCCGCGUCCUGAACAAGAAGGUCCUCAAGCAGAGCAGCUGCGAGGACCCCAAGCCCUCGUCCCCCGGGCAGGGCAGUAAGGACACAGCCCUGCGGGACCCCGACCUCAUCUCGGCCUUAGCCAGCGAGGACACGGCGUGUGACUGCAGCUCCCAGUCCCUCACCUCCUGCUUCGCCCGGCCAUCCCGCUCCGCCGUCCGCCACUCCCCCUCCAAGUGCAAACUGCACCCCGCGGACCCCCCCAGGGCGGAGGAGAAGCCGGGGGCCUCGACCUGCAAUGUAAAACCAAGUGCAUUUUAAAAAUACCGAAAUGAGCUACAUUGGAGAGGCACCAAUUGGAUUAAGAGAUUGUGGGUUGGGAGGCUGCAGCGUGGCCCGUGGUCUGCGCUGCACAUCCUUCUGUCACCACCAGAAAAAGCCUUACCCAAGGAGGGAGGGGGCAGCAGCCACAGCCCCCACGGCAGUGCAGAGCUCCUGGGGCUGGGGGGCUGUGACCCAGCCCCACACAGAGCAGCGUUGGUGCUUCUGUGCAGCUCCAGGAGAGAGCAGAGAUUUCUGAGGCAGCUGCCUGACCUAUUUUCGAGCUGCCUGCCAGGGGCCAGGCAGGGAUUCACCCAGAUGGAGCUGCCUGCAGGUGCCUGUGGAUCCUGGGGCUCUGUGCAUUGCUCUAGGGCUGUGUACACUGGUCCAAGGGCUCUGUACACUGCUCCAAGGGCUCCAUGCACUGUUCCAAGGGGCUGUGUACCCUGCUCCAGGGGUUCUGUGUGCUGCUUCAAGGGCUCUGCAUUGCUCUGGAGCUCUGUACACUGUUCCAGGAGCUCCAUGCACUGCUCUAAGGGCUCUGCAUUGCUCUGGGCCUCUGUACACUGCUUGUGGGGCUCCAUACACUGCUCCAAGGGCUCUGUGUGUUGCUCUGGGGCCGUGUACACUGCUCCAAGGGCUUUGUACGCUGCCCCAGGACCUCUGUACGCUGCUCCAAGGGCUUUGUAGACUGCCCCAGGACCUCUGUACGCUGCUCCAAGGGCUUUGUAGACUGCCCCAGGACCUCUGUACACUGCUCCAAGGGCUCUGUGCAUUGCUCUGGGGGUGUUUACACUGCUCCCAGGGCCUCUGCACAUUGUCAUCCUGCAGUUCCACUUACAAACUGCUCGUGCUGCCGAGGCUGCUGCCCUCUCCCGUCCAGCCCAGCCACUCGCUGCCCGCAGCAGCAGCAGCAGCGGGGCUGCAUCACUGCCACGUCGCAGCCUCCGUCAGCACCUCCGCGACGGCCACUCACUGCCUGUGUCUCCAGACACAAACCAGCAUCAGCCAGGGCUCCUCAGGCCCAGCACCGAUGGCCUUUUGCUCCUGGCCCCACAGGGACCCUCGUCACGCGGGUGGGGGACGCACAGGGCAGGUGCCACCCACCCUCACCAGCAGCCGGGGCCGGGCGCUGUCCCUGCCUUGCCAGGGAGCAGUCGGGUCUCUGUCCCACAGCACUGCCACGGGCGAUCUCCUGCUGUACAUAGAUCCUUUCGGGGUGGUUUUUAGCAUUUUCAUUGAUAAAUCGGGGUUUUGGUUUUGUUUGGUUUUGGUUUUGUUGUUUUGUUUUUUUUUUAAAGACUCCUCUACUUUUGGAAUGUGGUUUCUCAUUUUUACAACUGCCUUUUAAUUAUUUGUAAUAUUGGUCAGUUCUGUCUUACUCUGUAAAUAGCAGUGCUGGGCAUUUCCCAGGGAGGCUGAGCCGAGGCUGGCAAGGGAUUUGUCGGGAAAAUUUGAGGUGUGGAGGUGGCUGAUUCUACCCCAGCCCCUGCAUGGACCCUGCCCUGUCCUCCCCAUAUGCCAGUGCCCAACCUGGGGUGAAGCCCGAGGUGUUUUGGGCAAAGCCACGCUUGCCCCUGCCCUGUCCUCCUGCCUCCUCUCACCAGCCCAUGCCAAGGUCGCAUGAAGGGCACCUUGUGCUCCGAUGACAGGCUCCCUGCCCACCCUGUCCUGCACCCCUGUAUCAUGCCUGCUUGUUGUGUGAUGAAUAAAGGUCCUGCAACCCCUCACCCACA